AUGUUAAAGUUAGCUAGCCCAUUUAUCUCACCAUUAUCAAGGAAUAAUGUCGCUUCUUUAAGAAUAACUUACAGUUCCAGACGAUUUCAGUCUUCUUUUACAUUUCUAAAUAACCAGUCUCUAUUGUCUAAAAACCAAAUGAAAUCUAAGAGAAGAAAGGGUAGUAAAAAGGCAUCAUACCAUCGUCAACCUCCAGAAACGGAACGCACCGCGCCACUCAUAAAGCAAAGCGAGCAAAUAGCCAAGAAUGAUUCCACUAGUAUAAGAGCUUCGCAUCCAAGAAAGAAAAGACGCGAUUUUUCGUGGUUACCAAGAGUUCCGUCCACUUCACAUCUAAAACACACUGACAUGACCACAAACGUACUCUAUUCUGGAUACAGGCCCCUAUUUAUCAAUCCUAAUGACCCGAAACUGAAAGAGGAUACUGGAAGUACAUUGUACGAAUUUGCAAUGAAGCUAGAAGAUUUAAAUGAACCCUUGUCACCAUGGAUUUCCUCUGCUACCGGCCUUGAAUUCUUUUCAGAGUGGGAGAAUAUACCUAGUGAACUGCUAAAAAAUUUAAAACCCUUCCAUCCACCUAAUGAAAAAGCAUUGGACACUGAUGAGCUUGUUAAUAUAAUUGCAAAGGGAAACACAGCACUUAAAAAUGAAAAAAAUGAGACAUUUCAAAAGAAAAUGGAUGAAAUUUUGAAAAGAAAAGGCAAGGGUAGAAAAAAAUCAGUAGUGACGUUACUCCAAAUGAAAAAAACAAACAUGAAAGAUGAUUAA